AUGGAGGAAAAUCACAAGCUUGGUGAGUGUACUGAUCAUAAACCAACUAACAAGGAGCAAUACCAGCGCCUAGUUGGGAGGUUAAUUUAUUUGUCACAUACGAGACCGGGCAUUGCAUAUGCUGUGAGUGUUGUAAGCCAGUUUAUGCACUCUCCAAGUGAAGUUCAUAGAGAUGCAGUGAAUCGCAACUUGAGAUAUUUGAAAUCAACUCCUGGUAAAGGGUUAAUGUAUUCAAAGCAAGGACAUCUGGAUGUAAUUGGGUAUACAGAUGCGGAUUGGGUUGGGUCCCAAACAGACAGACGAUCCACUUCAGGUUACUUUACUUUUGUAGGAGGUAACCUUGUUACUUGGCGUAGUAAGAAACAAAAUGUUGUUGCAAGAUCAAGUGCGGAGGCAGAAUAUAGAGGUAUGGCACAUGGUGUUUGUGAGUUGUUAUGGAUUAAGCAUGUUCUAACGGAGUUAGGUUUUAAGCCUAAAAAACCCAUGAAAUUAUAUUGCGAUAAUAUUGCGGCCAUUAAUAUUGCUCAUAAUCCAGUUCAACAUGAUCGAACGAAACAUGAUGAAGUGGAUAGGCAUUUCAUCAAAGAAAGAUUAGAAGACAAGACGCUUCAGUUCCCAUUUGUAAAGUCAGAAGAUUAG